ACUUUUUCAAUCUAUCACAUGCUAAUACCUCUUGCCUAUAUUGAAGUUAAUUCAUAAGUUAUCGGCAUCGGUGACUGAAGUUUCUCGUCAUACGUAUUACAGGUCUUCCGCAAUUCAUGAUGGAAAUAAUGCCAUUUCAUUCCGCGAUGGAAGAACAAGAAUCUGGAACUGUUAUUAAACGACUGAGCGUUCCGGUUGGUCUGGAGGAACUGAUGUCAGGUUUAGCGAAGGAAGUACUUCAGAAAAAACCGAAAGAUAUAUACAAUUUUGCAUCUGAAUAUUUUGGACAGUUACUUUCGCUUCGAGACAACGGCAACUACAAUGUUCCACCUUCUGAAAUGGAUAAGCCCAUUGUGACUGGGAGCGAGCAGGGAAGCAAAAGGUCAUCUUCUGAUUCUAGAAAGGUGUUAUCGAGACAGAUUAGUAUAUACGACGCUUCCCCUAAGAAGAAGCAGACCAAGAAGUCGCCACGUGAUAGAAAAGGCAAAAAAUCGUCCAAUAAAUUGCAACCUGUAAAGGAGAAGCCAGCACCUGCAGUGCAAUCUACACCUAAAGCUUCUACUAAGAGAAGUGGAACGCCCCAUAAGCAAACCAAGAGAGGUUCGAAAGACGCUAAAAGUGCAGAUAAAGAAAGUGGAAGUAAGCAUGACAAAGAUAGCAACGUAAAUCAAUCAAAGGAUGAGGAUGGCAUAGGUGAUAAAACAUCUACCGCCGGUUUACUUGCACUUCAGGGAUUGCAGCACAGCGGUGAACUGCAUGACGUUAUUCCUGUUCAUACUAUUAAUAUGCCACAAACACAUUCGCAAAAUGUAGAAAAUGAACCCAGUGCAAUGGCUGAAAAGGACGGCACGGAACCAACUAGCAUUCCAACAGCUGCAGAUGAUUCGAUUCCAGGGCAAGAUUCAGGACAAAUGGAAAAAGCGGCAACGCUAAUACAAGCAGGAUUCAGGGGAUAUCUCACGCGAAAACGACGCGACGUUUCAAAACCGAAAUCUCCAAAAGCACCAAGUAAAUCACCCAGAAGUAAAUCUGUGGGCGAAUUUCCAAACGAUAAAGCGACGACUUCAAUACUGGGCAGGAGUCUAUCGGUGACGGAUUCGGUGAUUUCGAAAACGUUAGAUGAAGAAGACGAUAAGCUGCGGCAAUCAGUUGACGAAACCGAGAGCUUACAAGAGCACAGCGAAGAUUUGGGAAUAGAAGUUGAAAAAUCGACAACUCAGGCCAAAGACGAUUUAAACUCGUCAUUGCUAAUCGAAGAAGAGAUGGUUGAUGGAAAUGACACUGAGAAAGCAACUGGUGUUGAUGCGCCACAAAAACAUAAUAUAACUGAAGUGGCGGUGUCAAAUGAGGAUAAGGAAAGUGUAAUGGAAAACGGUACCCUGGCAACUGAGCCAACUCACGAAGGUAGUGCACCAAGCGAUUUGUCGGAUCAGAAAGAACCCGAUGAUAAAUUAAGUGGCAACCUUCAGCACAGUGGAGAAAUGCAUGAUACAGUAAUCCCUCAUAUGAUAUGUGAUGAUAAGGCUGACCAAGAAAGUGAUAAUCUAAAACACAGCGGGGAAAUGCACGAUACAAUUUUAAUAUCAUCGGACCCUCUUCAACCCGAUUCAAUUAAUGCGGAAGCCCAACAACCUAUUAGCAACAGUCUGCAGCAUAGUGGAGAGAUGCACGAUAGCGUUAUCCCUGUCAUAGAAAUAUAUGAACAACAGAGUCCUGACACAAGUACACAAGACAACAUCAACAAGAGUGAAGCUACUACUGCCGAAACGCCAAAUGCAACCAAAUUUUUUGACCUGGCAAAUGAAGCAGAGAAUAAGACCAUUACACCGAUGUCAGAUGCAAAAGAAGAACUUGUGAGUGCACAGGCAGAAAUUUCCAGCGACAAUGUCAACAAGGCAAAUGAAACUAUCGAGUUAAGGGGUGGUACAUCUGACACUCAGUUGAACGUUGAAAGGGAGAACGCAACUGAGACUCACGAUCAUCAAAACAGUGAAACUAUCGUUGUUGAUAACUCCAAGGUCGACAGUGAUGAAAAGGAAAUUCCUACCAGCAUUGAUUGUGAUGAUUCUAAUAAAAACCUUGAAGAUGGACAAACUGAAAAACCUAACGUAAUUACAUCGGUCGAUGAAGAUAAGGAAGAUCACGAUAGUACCAAUGGUACGAAACUUUCCAAGGUUCCAGCUGCAGUUACUUCGAGUAAUGCGGAAUUACAUGCGAACCACGAACUCAAACACAGUGGGGAAAUGCACGAUACAAUUAUAACUGAAGAUGAUACAAGUAUAGACACUAGCGAGCACGAACUUCAACUCUGCGAUACGACUAUGGAUCCGGAACCCAUUCAAUCAAGUACUCUUCAGCAUAGCAGUGAAAUGCAUGACACACCCGUUAUUACCACACUAUCUGACGCAAAAGAUCAAUUGCAACACAGCGGAGAAAUGCAUGACACAGUUGUUAUUCACUCACCUGGAACUGAUGAAAGUGAAGUACGUGAGGAUGAUAGGGAAGCACUUCCAAAGAUUUUAAUUAACACGCCAUCAUAUAGCAUACAGGAGGAUAGUUCUGAUAGCGAUCUCCAACAUGGCGGAGAAAUGCACGAUACUCUUGCGGUGAGUUUUGAUCCAAAAAAAUCCUAUGAUGUCGAUAGUCCCUUAUUACACCACGGUGAAAUGCACGGUACCAUUGUAACGGAUAGUGUCGAACCCACCGCAGUUCGUAGUCCUAUUAACCAGCAUCACCACGCAGCGGUGGAAGCUACGAGUUUUGAGGCUGCCUCUCCUCAGCUUGGUAGCGUUUUGAACGACGAUAGCGCGAAGGUUACGGACAAUUUACAACAUAGCGGAGAAAUGCACGAUUCUAUUGUGCCGUCGAUUGUCGAAAACGAAGAGAGUAAUCAACAAAGAGGAGAAAAGCAUGACACAGGUGUAAUCGAAUUACCUACCAAUUCAACGGUGGAAGAUACUGGUACUAUUUUGAGAGAGGACAGUCUGCAACAUAGCGGAGAAAUGCACGAUCCAAUUGAAGCAGCGGUUGUCGGAAAUGAAGAAAUUGAGAAUAACCAACAGGUCGAUAAGGGUCUUCAUCAUAGUGAAGAAAUGCAUGAAAGCAAACCACUUACUCCUGUGGAAGUUACGAGUGUUGAGGUCGUUACUUCUCAACUUGGUGCGGUUUUGAGUGAGGACAGCCCCAAGAUUGCUGACAAUUUGCAACAUAGUGGAGAAAUGCACGACUCAAUUGAGGCGUCGAUUGUUGGAAAAGAAGAAUCUGCUCACGAGCCAAAUGUGGAAGGGGAUCUUCAUCACAGUGGAGAAAUGCACGAUUCAAUCGAGGCGUCGAUUUUCAAAAAAGAAGAAUCUGCUCAAGAGAAACAUGUGGAAGGGGAUCUUCAUCGCAGUGGAGAAAUGCACGAUUUAAUUGAGGCGUCGAUCGUCGAAAAAGAAAAAGAAGAAUCUGCUCAAGAAAAACAUGUGGAAGGGGAUCUUCAUCACAGUGGAGAAAUGCACGAUUCAAUCGAGGCGUCGAUUGUCAAAAAAGAAGAAUCUGCUCACGAGCCAAAUGUGAAAGGGGAUCUUCAUCACAGUGGAGAAAUGCACGACUCAAUUGAGGCGUCGAUUGUUGGAAAAGAAGAAUCCGCUAAUGAGCAAAAUGUGGAAGGAGAUCUUCAUCACAGUGGAGAAAUGCACGACUCAAUUGAGGCGUCGAUUGUUGGAAAAGAAGCAUCUGCUCAUGAGCAAAAUGUGGAAGGAGAUCUUCAUCACAGUGGAGAAAUGCACGAUUCAAUCGAGGCGUCGAUUGUCAAAAAAGAAGAAUCUGCUCACGAGCCAAAUGUGAAAGGGGAUCUUCAUCACAGUGGAGAAAUGCACGACUCAAUUGAGGCGUCGAUUGUUGGAAAAGAAGAAUCCGCUAAUGAGCAAAAUGUGGAAGGAGAUCUUCAUCACAGUGGAGAAAUGCACGACUCAAUUGAGGCGUCGAUUGUUGGAAAAGAAGAAUCUGCUCAUGAGCAAAGUGUGGAAGGAGAUCUUCAUCAUAGUGAAGAAAUGCACGAUUCAAUCGCGGCAUCGAUUGUCAAAAAAGAAGAAUCUGCUCACGAGCCAAAUGUGGAGGGAGAUCUUCAUCAUAGUGGAGAAAUGCACGAUUCAAUUGAGGCGUCGAUCGUCGAAAAAGAAAAAGAACAAUCUGCUCAAGAGAAACAUGUGGAAGGGGUACUUCAUCACAGUGGAGAAAUGCACGAUUCAAUUGAGGCAUCGAUUGUCGGAAAAGAAGAAUCUGCUCAUGAUCAAAAUGUGGAAGGAGAUCUUCAUCACAGUGGAGAAAUGCACGACUCAAUUGAGGCGUCGAUUGUUGGAAAAGAAGAAUCUGCUCAUGAGCAAAGUGUGGAAGGAGAUCUUCAUCAUAGUGAAGAAAUGCACGAUUCAAUCGCGGCAUCGAUUGUCAAAAAAGAAGAAUCUGCUCACGAGCCAAAUGUGGAGGGAGAUCUUCAUCAUAGUGGAGAAAUGCACGAUUCAAUUGAGGCGUCGAUCGUCGAAAAAGAAAAAGAACAAUCUGCUCAAGAGAAACAUGUGGAAGGGGUACUUCAUCACAGUGGAGAAAUGCACGAUUCAAUUGAGGCAUCGAUUGUCGGAAAAGAAGAAUCUGCUCAUGAUCAAAAUGUGGAAGGAGAUCUUCAUCACAGUGGAGAAAUGCACGACUCAAUUGAGGCGUCGAUUGUCGAAAAAGAAAAAGAUGAAUCUGCUCAAGAGAAAAGUGUGGAAGGGGAUCUUCAUCACAGUGGAGAAAUGCACGAUUCAAUUGAGGCGUCGAUCGUUGAAAAAGAUGAAUCUGCUCAAGAGAAAAAUGUGGAAGGGGAUCUUCAUCACAGUGGAGAAAUUCACGAUACCGUAUUAUCCGAUCUCAGAAGCCCAGUAACUGAGGUAAACGAAGAAGUUCCACGCAAAGACGUUAAGCUUGAGCACAGUGGAGAAAUGCAUGACACGGUUGUAUUUGAUCCACCAACACAUGCAUCAACGACUCCUAUUCCAAAGUGUGAAAAAGCAUCUGCAAGUCUUCAGUCCAAUGAAGAUAUACAUUGUACUGAGGAAAGUACUACACACGUAAACGCUGAGGUAAGAGCGGAAAAUCACGUGGAGGGUAAUCUGCAACACAGUGGAGAGAUGCAUGAUACUACCAUGAUCGCUUCAUCAACUCCAGCUCCGGAGGGUAACCAAUCAGCUGUUGGUCUUCAGCAUGAUGCUGCAUUAUUAGACACAGAAAAACAAGAUCAGCGGCACGAGGAAGUUAAGCUUCAACACAGCGGAGAGAUGCAUGAUACCCCUAUAAUUGAACUCCAAACUAAUGCACCAAAUCCAGAAUCUAAUGACGCAGCUCUAACUCCUCAUAAUGCUGAAGGUGCUGCAUUAUCUCAUGCAAAUACCACGCAUGAGGAAGAUCAUCUUGCGGAAGGUAAACUUGAACAUAGUGGGGAGAUGCACGACUCCGCGAUAAUUGAAAUACAAAAGGAAACUCCGGUUUCAAAUCCUGAAACAGUGGUUACGCUUCAGCACAGUGGAGAAAUGCACGAUGCUGUAAUUCUUAGUUCAUUUGAUCAUGAAAGUGUGAAUCAUUUAGACGAAGAUGAAGAUGAAGAAGAAACGCACAAGGAUACUGCAGAAAGUCCAAAUGAAGGUAAGAAUGAGGUAGAAAACAAAACUGAAAGUGCACAUACUUUAGAAAGUAAAAACUUAAAAGCUUCCGCAGUUGAGCAAUAUCCAAUUGUAGACAGAGAAGUAGAAGAAAAAUUAGGUGCACCUGUAGAUAAGGAAGAAAAAUCAAACCAUGCCUUUGCUUUGCUUUUAGAAAGUAACAUUAAAGAGGUAACACAAAAUGUAAAGCGAAAUGUGACCAGUACAAGAGCAGAAGAUGAAAAUGAGGAUUUAAGCAAUAAAAGUUUAAUUGACAAUAUAGAAUCACAAAUUUUGCAUACGGAUCCCACGACACAGCAACAUUCAGACAAGAAGCAGGAGGAAUUUUUAAACGAGGAAAAUGAAAAUUGCAAUGAAGGUACAGAUAACAAAAUAAAUGGCAGGAAUACUAUCGAGGAAAUUUCAACGACUUUUGAUAGCUCAAAACUGCGCGAAGAGAUAAAAAAUGUCACUACCCCUGUUGUUGAUGCAAACGAAAAUAAUGCAAAAAUAAGUGGUCAAAGUUAUGUUAACGAAAACGAGUCUUCAAAUACCUUUGAUUCUGAGAAAUUGCGUAGUGAGGUGGAAAACGCAAACAAGCACUCAGAAAAUGGCGAUUUAGAUGUCAAGGAAGUAAAAGAAACUAGUGAUAAAGGAGAAGAUAUCCCCACAACAUUUGAUGUUACCAAAUUACGCGAUGAGAUAGAAAAUGUUACCAAGUCAGAAGAAAAUGAAGAAAAGGUCACUGCGAAAGAAAAUAUUGAAAACGAGGCUCCGGUUACAUUUGAUUCUUCUACAUUGCGCAACGAAGUAGAAAACGCUAAUAAGAUUCUGAACAAUGGAGAAGAAGAAGGUGAUAACAAAGCCGAUGGUACCAUUGUCGAGACUCCAUCUACAUUUGACAGUGUUAAACUGCGCGAUGAGAUAACAAAUGCUACCCUACCUGCAGCAGUCAAUAGCGAGGCAAAUGUUGAAAGUGACAAUUACAUGGUCGCCGAAAAUCCACCCACAUUGAAUGCCUCUAAAUUACAUACUGAGGUAGAAGAUGCUGGUAACAAUUCAGAGAAUAGUGAUAUCGGCGAUAAAAAUCCACUUCACUCCACUACUUUUGUUAGCACAAAACUGAGCGAUGAAGUAAAACACGGUACUAAUCAUGUCGCAGAUGGAGAUCCCUAUGAAAACACCGAAGAAAAAAGAGAAGAAAGAAGCUAUACAAAAGAAAACUACUUUAAGACCUCAAGUUCAUUUGACAGUUCUAAAUUACGUAAUGAGUUGGAGAAUGUCAACAAACAACCAAAAGAGAACGAUACUGAUACUAGUAGAACAGCGGAUGAGAGUGAAAAGAAUGAUAUGAUAGGAAAGUAUGGAGUCGGCCAGAGUUCAACUUCAUCUAAAUUACGUAAUGAGGUAGAAAACGCUAGUAAGCAUUUAGAAAAUGAUGAUAGCGACGAUGUCAAACUAAAAGAAAGCGAUGAGAUAAAUACAUCAGAGGGAAAAAGCGGUCAAAAAGAGUUGGGAAGUGUCACUAAACAGUCAGAUGCUACUGAAAACGAAGAAAGGAGGGAAAUGGAUGGGAUUGCCGAGACUCCAAUUUCAUUCGACGCGUCUAAAUUACGUAACGAGGUAGAAAAUGCCAGCAAGUAUUUAGAAAAUAAUGAUACAAGUCAAACUAUCAUUGGUAAGACUUCCGCUGUCUUUGAUAAUUCAAAACUAGGAGAUGAAGUAGAAAAAACCAUAACUACUGCAGAUAAAAACGGCGGUAAAGUUGAUGCAAGCGAAGAUGAUACUCUUCCCGAAUCUUCAAUUGUAUUUGAUAGUAUACAUUCUCAAGAUGAUACAAAUCUAAGUACAAAUAAAGAAAACAGCGAAGAAAGCAAUUUAGGUUUAACUAUCUUUGAUAGUGCCAAACUUCGCAAUGAGAUUGAAGAUGCUACCAAACCAACACAAACUAACACAGAAGAAGAAUUAGGAGUAAAAGGAAACACAGAAAAAAAUUCCACCGACGAGGUACUAACAACGUUUGAUCCGUCUAAACUUUCUGAUGAGGUGGAAAAUGUUAGUAAAGAUUUAAAAAAUGGCGAUACCAACAAUAUUAGUGAAGAAAAAAAUAGCGAUAUAAAAGAACACACUACCGCUGAUACAAACAAUAAAGGAGGUAAUAUAGUUGACAAUACAUCGGGUGCAUUCAAUAUCUCCAAACUACGUGGUGAGAUAGAAAAUGCUGGAAAUCUUGUAGAAAAUGAGAAUCUAAAGAACAUAAAAGAAGAAAGUAGUGGACAAGAACCUUCACGCACGUUCGAUAGUUCUAAACUACGCGAUGAGGUCGAUAAUGCCACUAAACUUGUAUCAAAUUCCGACACAGAAGAUACUAAUGAUAAAGACGAUAGAAACAAAAAUGAUCCAGUUGAAGAAAGUCCAAUUACAUUUGAUAAUUCUAAGCUUCGUCAAGACAUAGAAAGCGUCACCAAACCUAUUGAAAAUGAAGAAGUAAGUAGAAGUACUGAGCAGAGCACAAUCGAUGAGCUUCCCAACACGUUUGAUACUGACAAACUGCACGAGGAGUUAGAAACCGCAAUUAAACCUGUAGAAGAAAAAAAUGAAAUAAAAGUACCUCAAGCCAUCCUCGAAGGUACAAGUACGUUUGAUAGUACUAAAUUGCGUGACGAGAUAGAAAAUGCUAGUACACCUACGGAGAGUAAUAGCAAAGAAGAAAAUAGUGAGCAAAAAGGUGAUAUUGAAGAGACUGAAACUUCAUUCGAUAGUUCUAAAUUGCGAAAUGAGAUAGAAAAUGCUACUAAACCACGUUCGGCACAUUCAAAUAGUGCCAAAGUAAGAGGAACUGAAGACAUAAGUGAACCAAAAGCGUCUAGGGGCACAUUUGAUGUCUCUAAGCUGCGUGACGAAGUAGAAAGUGCUACGAAAAUGGCAAAUGGAAGUGAAGAGGAAAUUGGAAUGGACGUGUCUAAGGUUCACAAUGUUGACGAAGGUUCAAUGCCAUAUGAUAGCUCCAAAUUGCGCGAGGAAAUACAAAACGCGACCAAAUCAAGUAGUAAGGUAAAGGAAGAAAGCGCAGGCACCAGAGAAACAAAGGCGAACGGUUAUGAAACGCCGAUCACAUUUGCAAUAUCUGAUCUCCACCAGGAAGUGCAAAGUGCAGGAAAAGGACCUGACGAAUCCAAUCUUCAUUCGGAACCGAAGCAACUCAGUACAGAGGAAGCCAGGGUCGAAGAAUCUCCACCCUCAUAUGACAUUGCGCAACUACACAGUGAGGUGAAAACCGCAACGAAGGUUCCCGAACGUACGGAAGCUGAUGAUAAAACUCUUGGCGCGGAAAGCGCCGUUGAACAUGACAAUGACACCGUUUCCGAACAGUCAACAGAUGCAAAAGAUAACGUGUCUCACGUAGAAAGAAGUGAGGUAAAUGAAAUUAUUAAAACUCAUGUGAAUGACCCAGUUUAUAAAACGAAUGGAAGUUCUGAAGAACGAUCAUUAAGUAAAAAUUCAAGCACUUCAAAUGAAUCAACUUCGACAAUAAUUUAUAGCGGUUCUCCGGACCAUGGCACAUUGACCGAUAAUACUAUCGAUUCGGACGCCGCAGCUGUCUCUCGAGCAAAACGUAGUUUGGGAUCUUCUGCUCCAAGACGAUCACCCAACGUCGAUGCUAUUAUUAGUCCAAGAAAUCGAUCACAAAAGGAAGGCGCUAUUGCGAAAACACUGGGUGAUGUGUUUGAUCAACAAUUUGCGAUAGCCUCCCCUUUGGUUAAGUUAGAAGAGCAGAAACCCAAAAAUGGUUUAAACGAUCCCGAGUAUAUUUACAUCCCGCUGAAAGAUCCGAACGACAAAGAGGAGAGUUCGUUGGAGUCCGAGUCUACACUAAACGCGGAAAAUGGAGAGCGGGAAGAUUUUGGCGUCCAAAGUGAUGGAGACAAAAGUAAACAAGAUCAGGGUAAUAAUGCGCUUUACGCUUACCAAUUCCAAGGUUUGCAUUCGCACGAUGACGACUCGGAAAUGUCUACAAUUAUACGGACGACACACAUUUCUGAUGAUGCGUUGCCUCUUGCGGUUCAGCUUAAUCAAGGCCCAGGUCAAGUAUUUAUAAUAAUAGAUUGCAACAAGAAACUGAGAAAUCCGUAAAGUAGCGCGGCGUAGAAGUACAGGAAAUGCAGAAGCUAAUAGUAUCAUUUUAUUAUCAUUCUUCUCUUCGUGUAGCAAUAUAUAGGUAUUAUAUGCAGAAUAUGCUAUAAGUAAUUAAUUGUGUACCUAGAAAAGACAUCUUUGUAAUUUUUGCAAUAGUACCUAUGCUUAAUAAAUAAAAAUAU